CCUCCUCCUGCUGCUGCCUGCUGUCACUCGCAUCGUCUCGUACCGGUUUUAGUUUCAGUGUCGCGGUUCCGCAGGAAAACAACGGUCGACGUUCGGUCAAGAGAAAAUACCUGAGAAAAAUACCGUCGCCGCCGGUCCACGCGAGGAUGUGUUGUUUUGAAAUCAUCGUUUAACGCCCUUUUAUUUCUUACUUUCUUUCGCUUUCUAUUUAGUUCCUUUUAAAUUUACUUUUUUCGUUAUUUUAUUAAGCCAUGCCCGAGAAUAAUGGUGUUUCUAAUACUAAUGGUACCUUGAAUAUGGAAAUCGGACAAAGUAAUCAGGACCUGAUCACAUCGAAAGACCGAAAAAAGAAACGGAAUUGGAUAAUAAGCGGUGUUGGUGGAGUGGUGGUGAUAGCGCUCAUCGUGGCCAUCGUAGUGCUGGUGGACGGCAGGUCGAACGACGCGGAGGCAGUGGCAGCAGAAUCACUCAAUUUGGAGGAUUUGCUCAGUUACAAGUACAACCCGAAAAGCUUUAACGGAACGUGGGUCUCAGGAAGCAAGUUCACGUAUUCGAAUGAGGAUGGAGAUUUGGUACUGUACGAUUUAGCUUCUGGUUCCAGCAAAACUUUAUUGCACGCCAACGAUAGUAUCCUCUCAACAGCAUUUGAAUUUCAAAUAUCUGCCGAUAAUCGAUAUCUAUUGGUAGCUCACGAUUUUCAAAAAUUGUAUCGCCAUAGUUUUAAGGCUCGCUAUACAAUAAUAAAUUUAGAAACAGGCAAUAAAGAAAUCCUGCAAGCCCCUAGUGCCUUAGGGACCGGACUGGAUUUUUCUCUAGUACAAUUUGCUCCAGUUGACAAUGCACUGGUGUACAUAUCAGAAUAUAACAUUUAUUACAAGCCAUCUGUUGAUUCAGACCAAGUCGUUCAACUCACAAACACCACUGGGUUUAUUACCAAUGGAAUUCCAGAUUGGGUUUAUGAAGAGGAAAUAUUUGGUUCCAACAAGGCUUUCUGGUUCUCGGCCGAUGGCAAAAAGCUGGCUUAUAUCCGAUUCAACGACACGGCAACUCCCAUAAUGGUGGUACCGGUCUAUGGAGAACCCGGGAGUUUAUAUUUCCAGUAUCCCAGGGCAAAUAUCAUCAAAUAUCCUAAGGCAGGUACGACAAAUCCAACAGUACAGCUAUUCGCGGUCGAUCUAACUGAUUACGAAGAAACAGAAUUAGAAGUGUCAAGUAAUUUAGCAAAUACGCAACCCUUAAUUACAGCUGUGACAUGGACUACCAACGACUCGGUUGCCGCUGUCUGGAUGAACAGGGUCCAAAAUACCGCCGAAAUCGUUUUGUACCAGCACAAUUCUUCAGUUCCUAAAGUCGUAAGUACCUACCAUCCAGAUUCUAAAACUUCUUUAAAACACGUGUUAAUUUUCCAGAUUAAAUCCCUAAGCGAAACUAAAGGCUGGGUAGAACUCUUUUCGGCACCCCAUGUAUCGCAGGACGGUAAUCAACUAGCUUUGCUAUUGUCGAAGACUGAAGGCAGCGACGCUUAUAGGCAUCUGGCCUUGUUGAACACGGCGGAAAACUCAAAUGAACAGUUCCUUACAAACGGUACUUACGUGGUUAGCGAGGUAUUGGGAUGGAACCACAACAAUAACUUAAUUUAUUAUACAGCUACACUACCUUCGGAUUCCUCCGUGCAGCACAUCUAUUCAGUGUCUCCAACGUCAGGCGAAGUCAAGUGCAUAUCCUGCAGUCUCACUUCCAAAAAUACGGGAGCGGCAUGCACCUACAACACUGCAGAAAUCAGCACAGACUCCACGCACUUGGUGGCGACUUGUGCAGGACCGGAUAUUCCGGACACCACCAUUCUGUCUUCCGAUGGCAGCGUUGAGCUGGUUUGGACGAAAAACGAAGCUCUGGUGGAAAUUCUCCAAGGCAAGACGCUCUCGGAUAGGACGAAGUUGGAGUUCGAAGUGGCGGAUGGUUUUACUGCCAAAGUUUUGUUGAAACUGCCGCACAAUUUGGACACUAGCGGUAAUACGAAGUACCCUAUGCUGGUUUACGUCUAUGGAGGUCCAGAUACCUACCUGGUUAUCGAUAAAUACACUCUAGAUUGGGGAGAUUACUUGGCAGCUAACAAGAGUAUCAUUUACGCUGCCAUCGAUGGUCGAGGAUCGGGUUUAAGAGGAAACAAUUUAUUAUUUUCCGGAUAUCGGAAUUUGGGCAGUGUGGAAGUUAUUGAUCAAGUGAACGUAACGAAAAUGAUACAGGCGAAAUUGCCUUACGUCGAUUCCGAGAGAACAGCUAUUUGGGGCUGGAGUUACGGAGGUUACGUUGCAGGAAUGGCGUUAGCUACUGAUACUGAAGACGUUUUUAAAUGUGGAAUAUCUGUAGCUCCUGUUACUGAUUGGGCUCUGUAUGACUCGAUAUAUACAGAACGCUUUAUGGGUCUGCCAACAUCCGAGGAUAAUCUUGCGGGUUACACAAACAGUCAGUUACUGACAAAGUACGCCGGAUUAAAGGACAAGGAGUACUUUUUGAUUCACGGUACUUUCGACGAUAACGUUCACUACCAACAGUCGAUGAUGUGGGCCAGGGUUUUGGAAAGGAAUGACAUACUAUUUAGGCAGCUUAGUUAUCCAGACGAAGAUCACAGCUUAAGUUCGGUACGUCCCCAUUUGUAUCAUUCCUUAGAAAAUUUCCUGGACGAGUGUUUUGUAAAAUAACUUAAAAAACUUGUGGUCAAUUCGGAAAUAGUGAAAUGUUUUAAUUUAAAGUACAAACGUAUCAGGUAUAUCACUAUUUCUUUGUUAAAAAUUAAUCGAAAAUAAAAAAGAACUUAAGUAAAUGUAUGUAUCUACGAGUCCUGAAGUUUGUUACAGUUACAAGAAAAAUAUUAUUUUUGUAAAUUACCUAUUAAGCCAAUAAAAUUGUUACAAAAAUACUUUUAG